CCGGGCGCCGGCCGAGCGGCGCGGGCCAAUCAGCGGCGGCGGCUCGCGGCCCCCGAACGUUGGGACACACGGCCCCGCCCCGCACUGUUGUUUGUGGUGUCGGCCGGCCGCGCGAGCCGGACCACAACACUCGCCCGGCGGGCGGCGGGGCGGGCGAGGGUCCGGAGGCCGUGGGCGGCGGCGAGCGCGAGCGGAGGGCAGCCGGCCUCCCGCGGCCGCCGAGCCCGGGAGGGGGCGCCGGCCGGAGCCAUGUCGGUGAACAUGGAUGAGUUGCGGCACCAGGUCAUGAUCAACCAGUUCGUGCUGGCCGCAGGCUGCGCGGCCGACCAGGCGAAGCAGCUGCUGCAGGCGGCCCACUGGCAGUUCGAGACCGCCCUGAGCACGUUUUUCCAAGAAACCAACAUUCCCAACAGUCACCACCACCACCAGAUGCAGAUGUGCACCCCGAGCAACACGCCUGCCACACCGCCCAACUUCCCCGACGCGCUGGCCAUGUUCUCCAAGCUUCGCGCCUCCGAGGGCCUGCAGAACAGCAAUAGCCCCAUGACCGCAGUGGCCUGCUCCCCCCCAGCAAACUUCAGCCCCUUCUGGGCCUCGUCCCCGCCCAGCCACCAGGCCGCCUGGAUCCCACCCUCCUCCCCCACGGCCCACAGCUUCCACCAUCUCCACCACCCGCAGCCCACGUGGCCGCCCGGAGCACAGCAGGGGGGCACCCAGCAGAAAGCCGUGGCUGCGAUGGAUGGCCAGAGAUGAGACUGGAUGCCGCCGGGCGCUGGGCUGGAGCUGGGGGGCAGUCUGGGGUCGUGGGGACACAGGAGGGCCGGGGUGGGGUGGGGAGCUGGGGCGGGCGGGGUUUCCUGAAGAUCGCACUGGAAGAUUUUAUAAGAGAAUUUUUGUGGGUGGAGGGGACAGUAAACUUCCUGAGCCACUUGGGUCCUUCAGGAGUUUUCUCUUCAGGCAAGUUUUUUUUCUCUUUUUAAUAUAUAACUAUAAUAUAUAUAUGAAUAUAUAAAAGUAACUAAUGUAUGUGAGAAUGGGGCUGGCUGACGGGGUGUUGGGUCAGCGGGGAAGGGCCAGAGAAGCCUCCCCUUGGGCCAGCGCCCGGUCCUCCACCCCGGUCCCGGGCGCAGGUGCUUGGAAGCCAGGUGGCGUGAUCCUGCAGUCACGAGGUGUCUGCCGGCUGCCUCCUCUCAAAGGUCACACCUUCUGGAAUCAGGAGAAGGACCACCACCUCUCCACUCCACGUGAUGGCGGCAGGAGGGGCUCCCAGGGGUGCCGGGUGGCUGAAGGUGUGGGCCCUCUUCGCCAUCGUGAGGCUCUCCCCAGCCCCAGUCAGUGGCUGUCCGGCUCUUGUCGCCUCUCCCGGUGUCACCCGUGUCUCCAUCUAGGUGUGCAGGGCCUGUGCGGGACUUUAAGAGCCAGCUGGGGUCAGAGGCCCAGGCUCUGUCAGUGGGCUUAACCCCGUAGCCGCCCUGCCUCUUCCACCGUGCAGCCCGGCCGCGGACAACAGAGUGGAGAGCUUGCCUUUGGAUUUAGUUCCCAAAUCAAUCAUCUCACCAGGGUGAAAUUUUAAUUUAAAACUUAAAAGAGACUUUUCUAACUUG